UCCCCAGCCCCGUCCUGUUUGUCUGGUGAUCCUCACCGCCUCAACACUGAUGCAAAUAAUCUGUAUAGCUGGUGUAUUAUUGUGUCAUCACCUGCACUGGAACCACCUGGUCUGACACAGUCAGAUGAUGCAAUUCUUCUUUAAACCUGCCUUAAUUUCCAGUCUAAGGCCAGGGGUGUUCACCUUUCCUCCUCUCUGUUCACUCACAGCUCUCCCCUCCUUGUCAGUCUCACUUGCAGACAAGUUGUUAAAACUGAUGGACACCAGGGUGUCCGUGGGGCUGCUUUUAGGGAAUUGUAUUUGUGAUGUUGCAUUGCCCCAAGCUCGAGUAGAGCCCUCAGUGGGAACGGUAGAGAGGUAGGACUGGGGCAAACUGGGAAGGAAAACGCUGCUGUAUAAUGUCUCAAGAUGCUGGUCAGAGAAUUCUUAUCCUGCAGUUGGAGGCUAAUGGGCAAAACCCACUUAAAGACAAAAGAAAAAAUGCAAUCAUUUCCAUUUUCCCAGCAAUUACUUAUGAGUAAUGAGUUUCAGCACAGUGAUGUCAGAUUAUUUAGCCGAUGGUUGGCAAGCAAAAUUUGAUAGAAAUGCAAAUGUAUCAUUGUUUAUUAUGUUCAGUAAAUAGAAUGGUUCUGGGGCAGAAGUUUUAGAAGGGCAAGUGAGCUCUAACUGUUGAGAUAUAUUAAAGAUAUAAUGUGACUUGUGAAGUACAUGAGAAAUUACAGUCAUUGUUAAAGGUUUAAAGGGAGGACUGUGUGCCUGGACUGUCCCUAACACGGGUGUGGGUCAUCCCUGGCUCUUCAGCCCGCUCUGGUAUUUCUCCUGUCUCACGGUUUAAGGGUCUUUCCUAGGACCCAACUCAGACCUUUCCUGCAAUUUCCAGCAAUUUCUCUGUUUUCCCCAGAGUUUGGGAACACAGCUGAUCCAUUCUCCUGGAGUGGCCCUGCGUCAAUCAGAUGAUUGUUUUUCCCUCUUUCUUCUCUUUUUAAGCCAAACAAACUCGGUUCUUUCAGGCUUUGUUUUUUGAAAAUACCUUUUUGGGGGUGUAUUUUAUAAAAAAUUUAAAGCAACCAGUGUGUAGGCCAGGACCCGAGCUGAGAGCCAGGACCCCAUUCCUUCUGGUGUGGCAGCAGGAAUGUGGCAGGUACCCUAUCCUGGAUAGAAAUUUCCGCUUGCAGUAUUGGUGCCAUGCCUUGGAUUCAUUAACCAGCUGGUGACAUUCUGUUGUGUACCUAGGGCUGCUCAGAAGGACUUUGGCUGUGCCUGAGCCUGCUCCCAGCAACACAGGAAAAGAGCUGUUUUGGUCCCUGGCCCUGCAGCUGGGAGAGUCAUGGCUGGGUGAGAAGGGAAUGUGGACAUUCUCCUGGCAGCUUUGGCUGAGGAAGAGGAGGAGCAAUGUGGUUAUAGGAAAAGUCACAACAGACCAAAGUCCACUGAGACUGCUUCUGCUCCAGCACCAACAGGGGAGCAAAGGACCAAACCCUGAACACCUCUGUAUUCUCCUUGGAAAAGGGACAACAGGUUUUGGGAGGAAGGAGACUUCUUGCUCUGUUCAUCCAGCAAGCUCCAGGGUACUUGAGAAGCUAAAGAAGGCACUGAGUCAAUGCAACACCAUCCAGCCCAAUACGGGGUAAGAUACACUCGGUGGACUGAAGUCCUCCCUGAAUGCAGGAUGGUGGUAGGAGGGUCCAGAGUACUUAAAAUCAAAGGCUGAGCUGGCUGAGCAAGCAGCCCUGGGGCAGAACUCUCUCCAACAUGGUGCUGCUCAGACCCCACCACAUUCCAGUGCUGCUGCCCAGGGUCCCCUCCCUGUCUGCUGCUACAGCUGCACUCCCACCUCACCCUUUCUUCCCUUUCCCACACCAUUUGCCCAUUAUUCCCCACCCCUGCAGAUAAGGGGGACAUACUUACCAGGCUGGAGGCCCUGACUCAGCCAGGAUUGCUCCUCCUGGGGUGCUGGUGCUCUCCAUGUGUGCUGCUCUGGCUGCCCCAAAGUCACCUCCAGAAGAAGGAGGUGAGUGGGGGUGAAAUAGGUUUCUCAUCUGCUCAUGCAGGGGAUCUCCUCUGCUUACAGCAACAUUCUCCAUGUCCCCAGAAAGCCUUGCUUGUCCCAUGUCUCUUCUGGCUGUCCUUUACUCUUCUACCCCCCAAAAAGUCCUCGUUUACCUCUGUUGGCUCCAUGCUGUCUGUGUGGAUGACUCUAUAGGGUGGCUGGAGGCCCUGGCUGACCCAACAGCCUCCUUCCUUCGUGCCAGGGUAGUGAAAUAAACCCACAACUCGACUGGCCAGUGCCCAGCUUCUAAUAGCAUCCAUAGAGCCCAGGUUCCAUGCCCCUGGCAUGCCAGGAAAGCCCGUAGCAGGGAGGGUUGGCUUCUUCUGGGGUUUGGGGGCUCUCCAUCACACCCAACUACAUCCUUCCUGCCAGAGCAGUGCCCCUGCUGUGUUCCCAGUGCGGCUGUGGCAGAGCUGUGCCCGUGAUGUGAGAGCUGCUCACGGGAGAGCUGCUCCUCUCCUCGGUGCCCGUCAAUUUUUUGACAGCAGAAACAUUUCAAACUGCAGAGGGAAAGUGCACUCAGCCCCCCCAGAUGGUUUGUACGUGACACUGCCCUCCUCCUGUGACACAAAGAGCUGACCCCGGGGCCACGGGCAGCGCUGGAAAUUUGGUCCGUGACGCGGCGCCGGGACACAGGGCAGAGCCAUCCCCUCCCAGCACUGGAGGAUGACGGGCUCGGCUGCUUUGUGGGGCAGCUUCGCAUGGAAAAGCAUAUUGGCUUUAACUUUCAGGCUUCUUUUUGUCCUGGUUAGUAGAAGACUAAUGAAUUUUUCUGUAGCUAAAAACCUCUGUGUUCUUCCUCUCUGCACCCCAGAUGACAAGCUACAUGUAUGCCCUGACAGCCUCUGUCCUAACAUCCCCAGGAAUAUUUGGGAAGUGUAAGAGAGGCCACGGCAAAUGGCCUGGAGUGACUUAAAGUGGAUGUUUCGGUGGAAACUGGGGAAGGAGCAACAAGCAAAAUCUCUGCAGCACUAAAUGUGGCUUUUUCGGUUGCUGAGAUGUGUUUCUAUCUCUCCAGGUCCCACAGGGUAACAUGGCUGUGACUUUUUCCAGCAGCAGCACCAAUAGUAAUCCCCUAUGACAGCCCAGGGCCUGCCUUUGGCACUGCUCAGUGCAUUUAUUUCUGCAAGUGGGGACUCCUGCUCAAAUGCUGCCCUCACCUGAGUGCUCAGUGAGGGCCAGAGAGGUCAGACAGGACAUUGCAGCCCCCACAGCAGCUGGGGCAGAGAAGCAGCACAAGUGCAAGCUCCAGGCACCCACCACGCCGUGGGGAGGCUGCCCCUGGCAGCCUGGGCUGAGCCCAGGGGUCCGAGGGUGGGCAGCCAGCUCUGGCACUCGGAGGAUGAGCUACUUGGUGGGCACAUGGGCUUUUCAGGUGUGGAACAGGAACCACACUGUCUCAGAGGCUUGUGAGACUUCACUAAGCUGCUAAACCAUGGUGAAAACUGGAAAUUAGGAGCAGAUUUUCUUCUACCUCCCCAGGAAGGACUCAAAACUGGUUUCAAGUUCAGUUGGAAGCAUUUCCCAGUCUCUGGUGAAGUAUGUCAGCCCAUUCACACAUUGCUGGUGGACAGGACCUGAUCUGCCCACCUCAUGGAGCCAGCACAGCUGCCAGCCAGCUGUUCUCCCAGUGUACCUUAACCGGGGCAGAGAAAAGGUGAUACUACUUCUUGGUGACUUUGGCAACAGACACUCAGUCUUCUUCCAUGAUCCUGGGGCACAAAUCGUGGGCUCGCUUUGGCCUUACAUUGCUCACCACCAGCUGUAGAAGCUCAGUGUUUAUCUCAGCCCCAUUACUGCCAAUCUUCCUCCUAUUACUACACCCACAAUUCACAGCCAGAAAACAUCCUUUAUUGCAGUGGUGAUAUUUAAACCGGGGGAGGUAUCAGUAUGUUUGGGUUUUUUUAAACUGUUUUUAGGCAGUGUCUGUUCCUUUGCUCCAGCCUCUGCUCCACAUCUGUGACUGCAGCCUUCUCCAUCCAGCUGAGAGGGAAAUUAUGUGUGCAAGAGGAGUCAGGGCUCCCUUGCCGGCACACUGCUCACAUCACUAGGACUGCCACCCCUGCUGCACGCUCAGCCACAUGCUCGAGGAUGCUGCACCUGAAAGUCCAGUUUCUGGAUGACUCCCAGAAGAUCUUUGUAGUUGAUCAAAAAUCCUGCGGAAAAGGGUUGUUCAACCUCACCUGCAGCCACCUCAACCUUGUGGAGAAGGAAUAUUUUGGGCUGGAGUUUCGCAGCCAGGCUGGGAACCAGGUCUGGUUGGAACCACUAAAACCCAUAACAAAGCAAGUCAAAAAUCCUAAGGAGGUUCUUUUCAAAUUUAUGGUGAAAUUUUUCCCAGUGGACCCCGGCCACCUGAGAGAAGAGCUGACCAGGUACCUCUUCACCCUCCAGAUCAAGAAGGACCUGGCACAGGGGCGGCUGCCCUGCAGUGACAAGAGCGCGGCGCUGCUCGUCUCCCACCUGCUGCAGUCCGAGCUGGGCGACUUCCACGAGGAGACAGACCAGCAACACCUGGCGACCCACAGGUACCUGCCCAACCAGGAGUACCUGGACAACAAGAUUAUGCACUACCACCGGAGACACAGAGGGAAGACUCCGGCCGAGUCAGAUGUUCAGCUGCUGGACGUGGCCAGGAAGCUGGAGAUGUACGGGAUUCGCCCACACCCUGCCAGCGACGGCGAGGGGACACAGAUCAACCUGGCUGUGACACACAUGGGGGUGCUGGUCCUGCGGGGCAAUACAAAAAUCAACACCUUCAACUGGUCCAAAAUCCGCAAACUGAGUUUCAAAAGGAAACAUUUUCUCAUCAAGCUCCAUGCAAAUAUCUCUGAGCUGUGCAAGGACACACUGGAGUUCACUAUGGCGAGCCGGGACACCUGCAAGGCUUUCUGGAAGACAUGUGUGGAGUACCACGCCUUCUUCAGACUCUCUGAGGAGCCCAAGUCAAAGCCCAAAGCCCUUCUGUGCAGCAAGGGCUCCAGCUUCCGCUACAGUGGGAGGACGCAGCGGCAGCUGCUGGAGCACGGGAGGAAGGCAAAGAUGAAAAGCCUCCCCUUCGAGAGGAAGCACUACACAUCCCGCUACGACGAGAGACAGUGCCGCUCCUCCCCGGACCUCCUGACGGAUGUCUCCAAGCAGGUGGAGGAGCUGCGCCUGGCCUACGGCAGCCGGGGCUCGUACCACGCCAAUGGAGUGCACGCCUCCGAGCCCACCCUGGACAGCCGGCGCCGGAGCUCCACGGUGGAGGUGACAUUCGCCGGUGAGCUGGAACACUCUAAGCCUGAAGCAUCCUCUACCUUCCUCCCCCACUCCAGAAGCUCGUCUGCCUUCCCCCUGCUCUAUGCUGAGCUGGAGAUGGAGCGGGCAUGGGAGCCCAUGGACCUCUUUGGUGCCAGGAACCCUUUGACAUCCUUCCGGCCCCACCACCAGUUCUCUGGGAACAAUAAAAGCACCUCGGUGGGCAACAUGCGGGAGGUGAGUGCCCGGCCACUUGUGUACAUGGACGUGCCAUGUCCCCUGCCCGUGGCUGCCCCGGCCCCGCAGCUCCUCUUCUACAUGGACAGGGCCCCACAGCCCCCGUGCCAGACACUGGCACCUGGUGAGGAUGCAGCAGGACUAGUUGGUCCAUGUGGCCCCGUGGCAGCAAAACCCCCCAGGCAGAGCCCGGGUGGGACCCAGGCUGGGGAGUUUGACCAUGAGGCUGUGGGCACAGCAGUGGGCAGAGGCGUGGUGGGGGAGAACAGGUCACUGGCUCGCUCCUUUGAUUAUGGCCUUCAGGAGCAGCCUCCCAAGCGGUCUUGGAGCCAGUCGGACAUGAAAACCAUGCGUUUCCCCUAUGGCUCUGAGUUCAGGCCCCUGGGGCCGUGCCCUGCACUGAGCAGCCGGAAAGCAGGCGUGUUUUGGCACGUACCAGCCCAGCAAGGGCUGGCACUGGGGCCACGGCGCUCCACCGAGCGCUACCUGGGCAGCAGCACCGAGUCCAGCGACUCCGACUCGGACCUCCUGGCCGCCGACUACUGCUCCCUGUACGACCGCGUGCUGCGCUCACCCAUGGCCCGGGUGCGCCUGUCCUCUGGCAGCCUCCAGCUGGAUGAGGAGGAUGAGGAGGUGUCCUUCGCCACCAGCGCUGCUGAAAAGACUUCCAGGGGGCCCUCCAAGUAUUUCACCUAGGUGCCUGACACCGGCCAGAGGGAGCAAAAGGUGACUGCCGCUGACCCAGGACCAUGGAACGGUGACACUCUUGUUUGCUUACAGCUAAUGAAACAUUGAUGGGCUUCUGUUGUGUGCGUGCUCCAGGGUGUGUUAAUGGACAGCAGGGGAGUGUUCAGAAGUAUUCAACCCCUGCUGGUGUGUCUCUGCCACCAUCCAUGGAGGGGUCUUGCUUCAGUGAGGGGCCAGGGCUUUCCCAAAGCUCUGUUAAGACCUUGUGUCCUGUCCAAGUUGAUGGGUAAGGACACAGCCCAUUAUGCUUUGGAGCUCAGCUGCUGGAGUCUUCACUGAGGGGGGAGGGAGAAAAAGAAAAGAGACUUCUCAUGGAACAGUUUAAGCCACUGUUUUUCCCAGCUGCAGGGAAGUACACUGGUGGGAAGGGUGUUUGAGGCCCCUUUGGAGACAAGCAGGAUGUUCAUGGAGGUCUGCUCCAGGAGAUGACUCCAUGUGGACACAGCCAAUGCACAGAGCCCAUCUCCUUCACCUGCCUCACCUCCCUUCAACGCUGCAGGGCCCUUGAGGACAAGGGGGGUAUGGGUGCUCCUGGAGCCAUGGAGGAAGCAAACUGCUUUGUCUUCUCCCUUGCCAGUUUAGGGCAUUAUCCUUGAGAACCCUGGUAUAGCAGGGCCCUGCUUAAAUCUCGGGUAGAGAAGCACGUAACGGGGUCUUCUGUUUCCCCAAAUCAGGCCUCAGUUAAGCAGCGCAGGGAAAAAGACCUCAGGAGGUGGUAGGAAAGGAACAGGCAGCUUCUUGGAAGCAUUUUUAUUACAAAAACUAUUACUCUAAACCUACAUGAAAUAGAAAUCUUGAGACUGAUGACACCUCUGUAAGAUUUUAGGGGAGCUCUUGAUAAUUUGCUUUAAAAACAACCUUGUAAGUCUUUGUAGGACAUGACUGUAAGCAGAGGGACAGCCCAGAAAAUCCACAGUGGAGAAACCACUGUGACCUGCUAGAAUGGAUUUCAGAAACAAGGAAGCUGGAACAAAAAAAGUAAGUUAAAACAUAAAAAGAACUGGUCUUACGGGUACUGCUCACCCUGGGCACUGCUGUCUUUUGUUUUAGAAGGUGGAAAAUAAAAAUAAGUUGUUCACAAUGGAGUUUUGGGUUCCUCCUUCUGCCCUGUGCCAUCUGCACCCCCAGGUCACCUUGCCCUGCUCCUUGGCAGCCCUCAGUGCUCCAAGGAGCUGUUUUCCCUCUCCUGCACUGUUUGCUGGCUCGCUCUGUGCAACUGGAGAGACUUGCUGAGGUCCCUGAAUGCUGCUGAAAACUGCCACAUUCUUGGCUGGUUGCCCAAAGGAAUGCAUUAGACCAACAAGCGAGCACACUGUAAGGUUUGCUUCUGUUCCUGGUUACCCUGUGCUGAAGCUGUGAACUACAGGGAUCCCUCACGCUGCUCUGGCACAUAUGCUGUUGGGAAAAAAAAAGGGAUAAUUCUUCUGGUUAGGAUUGUUUCUUCCCUUUCCCAAAGCUCUGCACCUUGGAAAGAGCAAAAACCACCACUCACUCCAGAGAAUAAAAAUCUACAUGUGCAUGAUGUUUUAGAAGGUUAAGAGCACCAGUGUUUCAAACAGGCUGCACACACAGCCCAGGGAGAAUGUCCCUCCCAGGGAUAUACCCACAAUCACUGCUGGCUCCUGAAAACAUUUGGACACAGGUGAGGGCUGGCCCAGGUCAGCUUUACCUUGAGCAUGUCCCAGAGCAGACACACAGUCCCAUCAAGAGGGAUCAAUGCACAGCUAUCCUGCUCAAACCUUCAGGAGCUGCCAGCUUUGGUGUUCAGGGCUAUGCUGGGAAAACAGCAUUGAGAAGGAGAAACAAGGACUUGGGAACUAUUUUUGGAUUUUUCCAUUGACUAGAGAGCACUGGUGCACAGCGUGGCACUGUGCCUCAGCACAUCCUACAGGACAGUCAACAAUAGCAGAGGAACAAAGCAGCUCGUCAGCAAGUGACAGAAAUUAACAUCUCCAAGCUACAUCCAUUGCGUAAACCAGCUUUCUUGGGAUUGCUAAAAUUAAGGAACAAUCCCAGCAAGCAGUGGCUCACAUGUCGAGGAACAAUUGAAACAAGCAUUGAGUAAGUCCUUCUCCCUAGUCCCUGCUCAGCCCUGUUCACCCCAAAGAGACAAGCACAUCUGUGUAAGUGAUUGUGUUUCUUCUAAGGAAGAAAACAAGGAUAUAGAGAGGACAUGGAAGUGGUGAAAGACAGACAGCAGUACCUGGAAAACUUAAACUGUUACAGCCCCUACACAAGGAAGUAUCAUAGAAGGGGAGGAGGCACAGCAGCAUUACAGUGUGAAAACAUUAACCUACUCAGUGCAUUCAGACUGAGGUAACUGGUUUAUAUAAAAUAGAUAAAGCUGAUCUUGAAAUUCAGAUGCACAAUGUUCAGUGACUUUUUAGGCAGAGGUGUUAGGAAAUAAAAAGAAGCAAAAUGUACACAAUAUUCAAAGAACUUCACUUUGGAGAAGCACUGACAGGUUUCAGCAGAGUUACCUCAUCUCUGUAGUAAGUGUUACUUCAUUUAUUGGAAAGACGUGAAAUAAGACAAACCAGCAUAUAUACCAUUAAAACUCAGCAAAAGAGAAAAAUAAUUUUAUUCCAGUGUUAAGUCAUAAAACAGUGUGAUAAGAAUCAGACUUUCAACAAUUGCUAAACUUUGUGCAAACACAUCGAAAUCUAUGUAUCUCCUAUUCAGCUACUGACAUUAGAUUGAAGGCAGGAGCAGGUGUGACAACACUACACUUAAUUACUGUACAGAAGCGAAUAGAGGGGUCAGAGACCAAGGGCUUUAAGAGAGGUCACACUGAUACAGGACUCACCAGCCAAGAACAAAUACAUUUCUCUAUUCUGCAAUUCAGACUGCUUCAGCAGCAAUUCUUCUCAGCCUACAGUGGGAAGCCUCGCAAACCAAAUGAGCACGAAGAUGGUUCCUGCAUGAAUAUUUUGAUAUAUCUUUCCACUAGCUAUCUGUCAGCAACAGAACACUGCUGCUUAAGUUACACAGUUCAUCAAUAACUAACACAUGUGGGAAAAAGACAGCUUCUCUGGAACCAGCAAUACAGACAUCCAUUCUUAGGAGUUAAUUAUAGUCUUAAGAUGCACAGACUUUAGGAGCAGAAAUGCCAUAUGCAGCACAAUAAAAAACCUUCUUGAAUGGCCUGUGCUCUGAGAGAACAAGGCUGUAUUAUACACGUGGCUGGGUUUUUCCCCACGCUGUCCCAUGAGGUAGGUAUACAUCCCACCCAUUUCUUAGGAAAAGAAGAGGCAUCACAGUUCAGCAACUUGUUACAGUCAUAUUAUACAUAGGUCAGGUUCCAAUUUCCCAUGUCAUUUGCUAACCCCACUUACCCAAAACUGUUCAUAGAGUUGCAUAGAUUAAAGAUCCUGUGUCAACAGGGUCAAGCUACCAGUUAAAAAAUUCGUCAAGAAUUCCCAUCACCUCUCCCCUCGGACUCCCACAUAAAAAAAACACCUUAAGGGAAGUGACAUGGAAGUAAAAAUGUUUUUAAUUGUGAAAAAUUUGUAUGGAGCUCCUUAAAAUGGGAUUUGGGUUGAGGCUGCCGAAGUGAAAGCCGAGGGAUCUGUGGCCCAGGCCUUUGUGUCCCUUCACUCCCCACGCCGAGGUCAAACGCAGUCACAGAGUUCUGACACCGCUCCCCUGUCGUCACUGCCACACAUCCGUCUGAGUCACAGAUCCUGGAGUCUCCUCCCUAGGAAUGGAAUCCCACUGACCCCUGGGUUCAUUCCUGUGGUGCAGCAGCUGGCAGGUAUCCUCUGGACAAGAACAGCGUGGGGGGAAGCCACACACAGCACCCCCACACCACCACGCAGGGAUCACCUUUCCUGAGCUAGAACCCAGGUCUGUGAGAGCCACGUCCACACCUCUGCACAGCUGCUCAAAUCCAGAAUAAAACGCACAACACAACGAGCUCAUCAAAGUUUACAGAACUUAAAUAUUUAUUUUUAAACCAUUUAAAACCCCCCAAAACAUUGAAAUAAGCUUCAUCUAUAAACAGAUUUACAAGACUAACAACUACAGAAGCUAGAGAAGCACUACAAUUUGUUUCUGUGAUGCAGUUAUUUUGUAAAGCUUCAGAUCAACUGUAUUUACAACUUUUGCUGCUUUUACAUUUAUAAAAAUAUUUAUUUAAUCCAUAACAUUAUUGUUUUCAAAAACUAUUUCCAGACUUUUUUCUCAGAUAUAAAUUCUAAUUGAAUUUCAGUUAUAUAGCAGAUGAAAGUUUUAAACAGAAACAUUUCUUUUAAAAUUAAAACAAGGAGUUAAAAGUAAUUUUUUUACAGUGUAGGCACCAUUGAAAAUAAUUGUCCUUGGCAUAUCUAACCACCAUCUCUCACGAGUGUCCUUUAUAUAAAAAUGAUGUAAUGGCAACAUUUGACUGAAAAUGCAGUAUUUACUUGCACACCAUUACUUUUUCAAUAUUUGGCAGAUAUAUUUCAGAUUCUUUAAAAUUACUUUUGUGCAAAAACAAAAUGUGCAGGUCUGAACCAUAAAAUAAACACACCCAGCCUUUAUCAAAAAUAAAUUUACACCAACAGUUCCACAGCUAAGUACUGAAAAACAAUCCCAGUUCAAAACUUCAGCAUAAUAUACAUACUGGGUUGAAAAAGGGAAAAAAAAAAAACAACAAAAAAAACCAACAGAAGAGAUUACCCAUCUAGCAGUACCAUAAAUAUAUAACUGAAAGCAACUUUAUAGUCUUACCUACUUUUUAUGAAAAAAAAAUCACUCCGUACUGCACAGUACUACCUUUUUGUGAAAGAAUAUCUAUAACUCAGUUAUUUGCAUAUUAACUGGUAAAUACAUAUUUAAAAUACACUUUCAGAAAAUUAUAAACAAAUUAUGUUGAUGUACUGUAUUUAAUGUAUUUAAGAACAAAAAAAAAUGUGUAUAAAUAUCUUACAGGAGAAACAACACCACCACACAGAACGCUGGUGUUACACCGAUACCUGCGUGUGAGGUAUGUAACAUGCGACGCUCGGCUUCUCUGGCUCCCUUCCACCCAGGCAUGUGUACUCAGAGGAAAAAAAUUAAAUUAAGUUAAACUGGACUUCAGGUUUUGUCCAUUAUUGCCAAAAGCCCCACCCCCUCAACUGUAUUGCUCUAAAUUUUCCUACCAUGAUGAUAUAAGACUGAAUUACUACUUCAAAACCUGUUCUAAAAGGUAAUACACAUACUGUACAUCAGGAUAGACCUGUUGCUACAUAUCACCUGCAAACUAUUGACAUAUUGCUCUCAAAUAUAUUUAAUCAUAGAGCUGCCUAAAAUACUGUACCAAUUCAGAAUUAAAAUAGAUACUGUUGCAGGUUUGUUUCUCAGGGCACGAUAACUAUAUGCUGGUUGAAGCAGGUGCUACAGCAAUACCCUUGCCACUACAUUACAUGUUUUGAA